AUGAAUGAACAGCAGACAGUGUGUGUGUCAGGGAGAGCAGCUGCUGCCGCUGGACACAAGCCCUGCAUCAUCAACGGACUCACCAGGGCCACGCCAGCGGCAGCAUCUGGGAGAGACUCUGCCUCUAUACCGCCUUCUCUACCGAAAAGGCAAGUGGCUAUGUCUGAGGCUAUCCGAGUGCUUCAAACUUGGGCUCCUCAGAUGAAGGGCUUGAGGCUGGCCCUGGUGCCAGGACUUUCAUGUGCCAGGUUGGGGAUCCUGUUGUUCUUGGUACUGAUUUCUCUGCCAAGCCUGUACUGUGACCUGGGCUCACUAUAUCACUCUUCCUAUGAAAUAGUCAUUCCCAAGAGUCUGACAGUGGAAGGAAGGGAAGACCAAGUGGAAAAGCUCUCCUAUAUGCUAUUUAUGCAGGGCCAGAGGCAGCUGAUUCACCUGACGGUGAAGAGAGACUAUUUUGUGGAUAACUUCCCGGUCUUCAGCUAUCACAAUGGCAUCCUGGGGCAAGAAAUGCCUCUCAUCUCGCAGGACUGUCACUAUGAAGGCUACAUAGAAGGAGUCCCAGGUUCUUUUGUUUCUGUCAACACCUGUUCAGGCCUCAGGGGCCUCCUGAUUAAGGAGGAAAAGUCCUAUGGCGUUGAGCCCGUGCACUCUUCCAAACGGUUUGAGCACGUGUUGUACGCCAUGGGCCACGAAGCUCAAGUCUCCUGCAGCGUCACGUCCAAGGACAGCCAAGUGGCGUCCACCAGCCGGCAACCACAGAGCGCCAAGCCUCACAGCUGGCACGUGACAUCCGACCUGUGGUCACGUACCAAGUACGUGGAGAUGUUUGUCGUGGUCAACAACCAGCGGUUCCAAAUGUGGGGCGGUGACGUCAAUCAGACAGUCCAGAGAGUGAUGGACAUCAUAGCUCUGGCCAACAGCUUCACAAGGGGAAUAAACACAGAGGUGGUGCUGGCUGGAGUGGAGAUUUGGACUGAGGGGGACCUCACAGAGGUCCCCGUGGACCUGCAAGUUGCACUCAGGAAUUUCAACAGCUGGAGACAAGAGAAGCUCUUCCACCGUGUGAAGCAUGAUGUUGCCCACAUGAUCGUGGGACAGCAUCCUAAAGAGGAUAUGGGGCAGGCAUUUCUCAGUGGUGCCUGCUCAAGUGAUUUUGCAGCAGCCGUGGAAUCCUUCCACCACGAGGAUGUCCUCCUGUUUGCAGCACUCAUGGUCCACGAGCUUGGACACAACUUGGGUAUUCGGCACGACCAUUUGGCCUGCAUUUGUAAAGAUAGGCCCUUCUGCCUCAUGCGUGAAAACAUCACUAAAGAAAGUGGCUUCAGCAACUGCAGCUCUGACUUCUUCCACCAGUUCCUCUGGGAACACAAGGGGGCCUGCCUGUUUAACAGGCCUGGGCACAAAGGCCGCUUACGGAGGGCUUCGCGCUGUGGCGAUGGCAUUGUAGAUGGAGAUGAGCAGUGUGACUGUGGUAAUGCAUGUGACUUGGACAUAUGUUGUGACACAUCAUGUAAACUGAAGCCGACUGCAUUGUGUAAUCCUGGACCCUGCUGUAAUGCUACAUGCCAAUAUGAACAAACUGGACGCAGUUGCCGUCCUGCUUCAGGAGAAUGUGACCUUCCAGAAUUUUGUCUUGGUACCUCUGGGGUGUGUCCCCCAGACACCUACAAGCUCGAUGGUUCACUGUGUAAGGGUGGUUACUACUGUGUUCAGGGUAUAUGCAGGUCUGCUGAUGCUCAGUGUUCUGAAAUGUAUGGGUUUCCUGCAAGAGCUGCUUCAGAAGACUGUUUUCGGUCAUUUAAUGGAAAAGGGAACAGAUUUGGAAACUGUGGUAUUCCCAGUGCUGGUGGCUCAGCAUAUACUAGGUGUGAAAAUGAGAAUAUAUUUUGUGGGAAAAUGAUAUGUACAAAUGUUCAAACGCUACCAGAGACUGAAGUCAAUUAUACAUUACUUCAGACCCCUUAUGCAGAUGACUAUUGCUGGUCCAUGGAUCUGCAUGGUGUUCAGGAUGUCCCUGAUUCUGGAGAUACAAGGAAGGGCAGUCUUUGUGGCUCAGGGAAAGUCUGCAUGAACUUCACCUGCUCAGAUGUCAGUGUUCUUGGGUACGACUGUGAUAUAAAGGUAAAGUGUAACGAGAAAGGAGUUUGCAACAAUAAAAAGAACUGCCAUUGUGAUGAUGGUUUUUCCCCUCCUGACUGCAAAAACCCAGGAACUGGUGGUAGUGUGGACAGUGGCAUCCCUAGUUCGGUUAAUAGUGGAACGGAGUCUGGAGGUGGAGGAAAUGCUACCGCUCCCUCAGCCACUAGUUCUAUCGCAGGCACGUUAACCUCAUUAAUUGCAUUAUUUUUGAUCUUAUUAUUACUACUUAUAAUUCUUUGUGUCUGCAUGUGUCGUAAAAGGGACAAAGAAGAAGCUGCUGAACCAAAAGAGGAACCAGCUGUCCCAGCAGUGGCUCCCGCGGCAGCGGCUGCCGCGGCAGCAGCUCCCGCAGCAGCAGCUGUCCCGGAAGAGGCACCUCCAGAAGGGGAGGCCGAGGAGGAAGUGGAGGAAGAGGAGGAAGAGGAGGAAGAGGAGGAAGAGGAAGAAUCAGAGCCAUAAGACAAGCAAUGGGAGAAAGAAGCCUAAUACAUCAAGCGCCUCAAGCACUGAGUGGGAACGACAGGCUCACUGAAGCAAAGGGCCUGAUCUGUUACCACUGUAGUGGCUGGACGUCUAAGUUUCCUCUCCUUGAUAUGCCCUUCUAUGAAGACAGCAGGAACUCGGCUAAAGAGUACUACAACUGCUGUUUUUUGAGGGUGGUUACAAAGUGAGGACACCCCUAAAGAGCGAGAGCGAGAGCUCGAGAGGAAUAGGAAGUGACAUAGACAAAAGGUAGGUGUCAUCAUGUAGCACUCUGAGGGUGGAGCAGCUAGUCUUGCAGGCAGCAUAGUUUUUAUCUUUGUCCAAACAACUGUGUCACUGACAAAUAAUUGUGUCCCAGGGAAAUCAACUCACAAUCAACUUGCUGUUUCACCUGGGCCAUGAUAAUGAUGACCUCAGUUUGUUACUUUGCCUGCCUCCUAUCUCUUCUACGAAAUCAGGUGAUAAUGGGUUACGUUUUGGAGUGAUUUCUCUUUUAGGAAUCCCAUUCAGGGCAUUUGAGAAUGGGCCCUUCCCAUAUUAAGCCUAGUGUCACUUGACUGGUAAUUCUGACUGUUCUUCCAGGGAUGCACUGUAGUGGGAAUCUCUUUAUUAUAAACGUCUUUCCUAGGAAUCAUCAGGAUCAGAGGAGAAGAAGAUAUUCAGAGGAGAAGAAGCAACAGCAGAAAAAGUGUACAAAGUCUUGCCCAAACAAGGGAAAUGACAUAUUAUUAUCAAUUUGAAGCAAAAGAAAGGAUUAUUUGUUUCUGUUUUACACAAGUUCCCUCUUCAUACAUGUCAAAAUGGGAAACUAGUCUUGCUUUUAUUCAGGAUGACUGAGUAUUCAGAGGAUGACCUGGAUUCUUUUGUGAUAAUCAGCCCUUGCUCAGGUCAAAAGGGAAUCCUGACCUUAUAUGGCACUGUCUUUGGCAUCAAGCCUAUACAUCCUCAGCAUAUGGUUUAUGGCAUAUCUUCAAACUCAGGUUAGUUUUGUGUAAUCCGUGAAGAUAAACAAGAGGAACUCUUAAGCAUUUCACAAUUUCAGAACAGAACAAGACUUCCUCAGUUCCUAUGCCUUAUAUGUGGCCACUUCCCAAGUGUGUUCAAGUUGACUGUGGUUGAUCGUGAUUCCAAAUGCGGGAAUAGUAAGUUACCAAGAUCCCAAAGAUGAUAACAGAUUCCAUGCUCUGGUCAAUAGGUGGUGGUGGUGGUUUAGUCACUAAGUCGUAUCUGACUCUUGAGACCCCAUGGACUAAAAGUCUGCCAGGCUCCUCUGUCCAUGGGAUUCUCCAGGCAAGAAUACCGGAUUGGGUUGCCAUUUCCUUCUCCACUGGUCAACAGGUACACCAGGAUAUAACAUGAAAGUGGUACUUUCUAAGUCAAAGAUAUGGACAGAAAAAAAACCACUGUGCAAAUCUUCCUAAAUUUGUAGGAAACACUUAAAAAUUUUAACCACUAGAGAAACUGGCAUCUCUUGGGAGAAGUGAACAUGAUGCUGCUCAUAUGACUGCUGGCCAAAGUUUGGGGAAUUACCUGGGCCAUGCACUUAUUUCUGUGGUAUCUGCACUGCCAAGAAUGCAACCUUGAUGAAUCUUUCAAAAAGAUACAUCAAACUUCACAUCUUUCAUAGCUCAUGAGGUUGGCCAUCACUUGGGAAUGAAGCAUGACCAUGUGGUCUGCAAAUUCCAUGGCCAGAAUCUCUAUACGGCCCAUGAAUUUAUUAUUGUAGAUAUGAGCUUCAGCAACUGCAGCUUCCCUAUUUCCGCAAGUUGUUGCACAGAAAGGGCUGCCUAUUUAAUAAAUCUGAGGCCCAAAGCUUCUUUCGAAAGCCAUACUAUGGGAAAAAGACAGUAGAUAAGGGCGAAGAAUGUGACCAUGGCAGUGUUCUUCAAAAGAAUCACUGUUGUCUGCCCUCAUGCCAGCUGAAGAAGGGUUCAGAUUUUGCAUUUGGAUCUUGCUGCGAAAACCACAAAUCUCUAAAGACAACAACACCCUGCCACCUCAGUGUGGAUGAGCAUGACCUCCCAGAAUACUGUAAUGGCACCCCACGUGGUGCCACACAGAUAUCUACAAGCAAAAUGGCACCCUUUGCAAGGAACAAGGUUAUUGUUGGCAAGGCCAGGGUUGAAGCCUAGAGAAUCUCUGUGUUAAAAUCUUUGAAAGGGGUACAAAGGUUGCCCAGGAAAGUUGCUAAUGUGAAUGAAUACCAAGGAAGACAGGUUUUGGAAAUGUGGCAGUGAAGUCUUCGGCCAGUGCAACGCCAAAGAUGUAAAAUGUGGGAGGUGCCUAUGUGAAAAUAUCCAAAGACUCUCAUGCAUUGAAAAAAACCUCAAACACUUACCCACUUCCCCAUGCAGGACACGUGGUGGUGCAAUACAGAGAUUUUUGAAGCCACAGACAGGGCUAAUGAGCGGAAGGUGAAGGAUGAUACAACAUGUGGUCCAAGAAAGAUCUGUAUUAAUCAAAGCUGCAUAGAUAUCACUGUAUCCCACUAGGACUGCAACCUAGACAAGUAUCAGAGUCACGGGAGGGGUGUUUGCAGAAAUUUUAAGAACUGCCACUGUAUCUAUGUCUAUGCCCCUCCUACAUGUGAAUUCAAGGGCAAGAGGGGUAGUUUGAAUAGUGGCCCUCCUACUCUCAGUAUAAUGAAGAGCUUAUAAUCCUAAUCUUUCCUAACCUUAUAUUAUUUUUCAUUCCUACUAUCUUUUUGCUUGCUACAUCUAUAGAAUAUCCAAGACCAGUGUCAAUGCAAAAAAUUCAUCAGAGAAGAUAAACAAACCUGACCGACAUUCGAUAAUUAUCUUCUUUUUGGAAAUAAAGUCUUAUGAAGGACUUUUUAAGAAAUGGGCUCCUUACUUCAGGCAUCACAGCAUCUGAUGCCCUGGCCCUGGUUUGGCUUUGCUCAUGAAAACUGGAGAGACCAAACAUCAUUUGUUACGUGACUAAAGAGGAAGAAACAUUAAACAUCCCUACCCAUGAACGAGCCUC